GCCCGCGUGCAGGUCAGAGGGAUGUAACGGAGGACUGGGACGCCGGCUGGACUAUCAGAUGAAAUCUCCCCGGUAGAUAAAAAGAUCUCGCGCACUGGUCGUUUCUCGUGGCGGACGUUGGGUCUGACGUUCAGACUGAGCAGCAGACAUGUCGUACUGCAGGCAGGAGGGAAAAGAUCGCAUCAUAUUUGUUACCAAAGAAGACCACGAGGCACCCAGCAAUGCCGAGCUAGUAGCAGAUGACCCCGAUGAUCCUUACGAAGAGCAGGGUCUGAUCCUGCCCAAUGGAGACAUAAACUGGAACUGCCCGUGUCUGGGAGGCAUGGCCAGUGGACCAUGUGGCUCUCAGUUCAAGGAGGCCUUUUCGUGUUUCCACUACAGUAAAGAAGAGGUGAAGGGCUCCGAUUGCAUUGAAAACUUCCGUAACAUGCAGGAAUGCAUGCAGAAGUACCCCGAGCUCUACCCCCAGGAGGAAGACAAAGACGUCGCCACUCAGCAGGAGUCCGACUCUGCUCCGACCUCCGCCGCCCCACCUGACAGUUCUGCCUUACCGCCCGAGAGUGAACCGUCUCCGGCUCCUUCUGCGGCCACGCCUGACAGCUCCUCAGCCACAGACGGCCAGACUGCCAGCUAAAGUCGUCACUCACUGGUUCAUGUCGUAUUUGUCCAAGUACUGCCCAGCAUAAAUGACUCUCCGUGCAGAGCUCCGAUUGGUCUCCUCCUGCUGAAGCCACCGGAGAGAGCUCAGCGACACUGCUCUGACACUGACAUGAACCGAAUGAAGGCCAUCAGAGGGAGACUCGCAGACAGACACAGCACUUGUACAACAUUAUGAGCUGCUUUGUUUGUGCACUUAAGAAUCAGUAAUGAAUCGUGUCUACUGACUGUGGGCCCAGCAGUUUUGCUGCAGGACCAGUAGAUGAUAGACUCACCUUUAUGCAAUAGAAACUUAAUUUGCUGCUUGUUCUUGUGUCACGUAUAGAAGACUUGUUUGAACUUUCUGCGUGUGGUUUUGUAACGGGGGAGAGGUUGCGUUGCUUGAAGUGGAGUUGAAUGUGUACGACCUGCUGCAGAUGUGGGUCAGCAUGUCCUGAGGUUAGAGAAGCAGCCAGCUGUUCCAACAUGGUUAGGCAAUGACGGGUUGUGGGCAAAGUCGGCAACAAAAUCAAGUUACCUCACCUAGAAAGAGGCCCGCUUCAAAAACAAGAAAAAAGGACUCAAAACCAUGUGAUUAGUCUUCAAGGUAGCAUCAAAGAAGGUUGUGUUCUUGGUGAAUGACCUUUUUCCAGAUAUUGCUUUCUUGCGGUACAUACCUGUUUGUUUAAAAGAUUUGCUGACUCUGCACGAUGUUUUCUAACCACUGCAAUUCCACUUCACAGCAUCCAAACUCCCCCUUUAAUAGAUGCAGGUAAACUUAAUGCUGAUCAAAAACCCAUACUGUAAUCACUGAUGUUUAAUUUGGGCUUUUCUGCUAUUUUUUUUACCUCAUAAAGAAUCAGUCUGGAUUCCUUCAAAAAAAAAGCAAAGCUGCUGUGGAAACAUCUGUGCAGUUUAUAAAUCUUGAUGAUUCUGUACUUGCUGACAUUUGGGGGGGAAAAAAACUUCAGGGUCUUUACAUCUAUCGCCGUAUGAACAUUGGUUUUGUUCAGUAACGUAAUAAAAGGCGUUUCUUGUCCACACGUGACUGCGUACAUGUUGAUGCCGUCGGAGGGCUUCAGUCGGAGGCUGUGGUCACAUCACUGUUUCAUUCAGGUGUUGAUGAACUUGAUGGUUUUACUCUGAAGUUCAGAUUAAAAGAGUCAAAUGUACAGUGUCCGUUCUUUGGUUUUGAAGACAAACAAAUGUUCUGAUGUCAGGUUUAUAUUUAUUAGUCGGCGUAAGUGAGAUGACAGGUGGAUGAAUACAAUGGAACAACUGGCCUUGAAUGGAUGUGAGCUGCAGGUGUUGAG